CUCAUUUUGAAAAACUGGCUCAUUGCCAUUCUGCACUCCAGCUUGUGAUACUUAAAUAGGAGAUUCAACUGAACCAGAUAUAAAAGAGAGAAAGAGUGUGUGUGUAAGGUGAUGGUGGGGAGAGGGCCCAGCAAGAAGACCAACAAAGAUAUGUGAGUUGGAAGCCAUAUUCUGAGCCAAGGGCUGCACUUGUUCGGUGGAAAUUAGGGGUCCGCCUACAACAGGAAUGUUUCGAAACUAAGAUCAGAACAGAAGCAUCAUCAACACCCAAGGACACCCUGAGAGAUAUAGGUUGAUGUCAUCACAGCCACGUAGAAGAAUCAUUUCCUACAGCGAUGGCGGAUCUAUAAUGGCAUCGGAUUACAAAAGCUGGCUUUGGGGAUGCUGAGAAUGACAAAGGCGAGGCUGGAGAAGGAGCCGACAUGCUGAACACUGGUGUGCAUCCCGAUGCUCAAAGCAAGCCAAUCCUUGCCCACGCGUCCCAUGGCUCACUCUUAGAGGGGCAGGUGUACAGCCCAAAGACUGGGGUGAGACCUUGAGAGAAUACAAAGAAGUUCAUCAAUCGUGUGAGGAUGGGUGACAGAAUGCCUCCAUCUCUGAGAAGAUUUGGAGAAGGAGAGGAUGGCAAACUGUGGGUGACCGCGCCUGCGGGGGACUUUGCUAUCCGUCCACUGGGACCUGGGGAGAGAACACCAGAAGCUCCCCGUCCCCUCCCCUUCCACCAUUUCGGAUACCCCGCAGAGACUCGUUUUGGGGUUCCCGCUGACUUCCCAGAAGGACGCGUGCCCCUCUCUGAUCGCAGCGCGGGCGGCCACCUGUCUGCCGCGGGGACCCCUCUCCCAUGACCCUGCGGUGCCUCGAGUCCUCCGGGAAUGGCGCGGAAGGGACGCAGAGCCAGUGGGGGACCGCGGGGUCCGCGGAAGAGCGGUCCCCGGAGGCGGCGCGUCUGGCGAAGGCCCUGCGGGAGCUCAGUCAAACAGGUUGGUACUGGGGAAGUAUGACUGUUAAUGAAGCCAAAGAGAAAUUAAAAGAGGCACCAGAAGGAACUUUCUUGAUUAGAGAUAGCUCGCAUUCAGAUUACCUACUCACAAUAUCUGUUAAGACAUCAGCCGGACCAACUAAUCUGCGAAUCGAAUACCAAGAUGGGAAAUUCAGGUUGGACUCUAUCAUAUGUGUCAAGUCCAAGCUUAAACAGUUUGACAGUGUGGUUCAUCUGAUCGACUACUACGUUCAGAUGUGCAAGGAUAAGCGGACAGGCCCAGAAGCGCCACGGAACGGCACGGUCCACCUUUAUCUGACCAAACCGCUCUACACGUCAGCCCCGCCUCUGCAGCAUCUCUGUCGACUGGCCAUUAACAAAUGCACCGGUACGAUCUGGGGACUGCCUUUACCAACAAGGCUAAAAGAUUACUUGGAAGAGUAUAAAUUCCAGGUAUAAGUGUUUCUCUUUUUCUAAACAUGCCUCCUAUAGAGUAUCUCUGAAUGCAGCUAUGUUAAGAAAAAGAAAAAGAAACCCAAAACUUGAGUUCACUACUCUGGAUAACUACUCAGAAUUCUAAAAACAGCUGAAGUCCAUCUAAUUUAAACGUGUGAUGAGGUAGCUAGGUAGUUAAAGUUUCCCCAGAUGUUUUCACCUGAGUGAUGCUUCCCUUCCUAAGGCUGACCAAGACCAGAUGAUCCUUUUAAGUUAAAAAUAAAAUGUCCCGAGUAAAGGCUUAAGGAACAUUUUAUCAGAAUGCCUUCCUUGCCUUCCCGAGGUUCCUCUUUGUUAGGCGGAAGACCCAGGCCCUGUGAGUACAGAGAGAGCUCCACGUAGGAGGACUGAAGAAGGAGAAGGUGCAGACUGACACAGGCUUAGCUUUAAUUUUACAUGCCUGGUGAUCAGAGUCUACUUUAGGACAUUCUCUAUUUUUGCAUUCUUGAUGUACCUAGGAGUUUGGUUAAACAGAUACUGCUUGUGAGUAUUUAUCCUUCUUUUUAUGCAAUCAACCAAAUCAACCAAAAAAAUGACCAUGAAAUCCUGUAUUUGACUUUUUACUACAUGUAUGAACUCUCUCAUGUGACUGAGUACUGUAGUAAUCCAUUUUAAGGGAGCCUUAUUUCAGAAAUAUUUCAAACUGGUGCAAACGGAAAAGACUGUGUCUUUUCCUUUAAGGCUAAAGACCAGAAUGUCGUGCUAUACAGGUGCAACUCUAUCCCUAUUAAUAAAACCAUGUAGACGUUUUAUCCUUUGAAGUAGCUGUAUCCCGACCUGUUGCCAUUGACUUUUGGGAAAUGGCUUUAGAAAUUUCCAAGUUGUCCUUGAAUUGUCUGACCAUGGACAUCAGCACUUGGUCUCCCUUCUACCAUGUAGAAUACUUCGACUUAAUUUUCUUCCAGAGAUAAAGGGAUACCUGCCUGUUUUUCAAAGUGUUUAUUUACUGCUGUUACUAUUUGAUUAGAAUGUAUUAAAUAAAAAAAAACUUGACUUUUACAAGGUGCACUUAUUACUUUGGAUUGUAAAGAACAUACACGUUUGUGGUACGGGACAGUUGCCAUACAAACUUCUGUCACGUGACGUCAACCAGCUGUUCAGCAAGAGGUAGAACACGACUUCCCCAUCCCCAAAGUCAUGGGCCGCAUUUGCCCUUCGCAUUUGGCAGGCAUGUUUUAGAAAGUACAAGGACUGUCAGGUGGCCUGGUUUUUUACUGAUUGAAUAAGCAUAACACUAAUGCCUUGUGUGUUUCCAAAAAAAAAAAAAAAAGAAACUACAAAAAUUGUGACAUAUCCUGGUCU